CGCGAACAUCCCUAAAAACGUCACCUGCGACGACUGGCAAGACGACAUUUUUUAGUCUAUGGUAUCGAGCAGCCAUUUGUUAUCCUAGCCAAAGUUCCUGUGAAACGUCUGAUCAAAAUGUUGAAAUCAGCUUCUGGUGCAUUGGCUAAUGUGCUGAAGAGGUCCCUGGUGCCGGCGGCUAGGGUUACCGCCGUGGUGCCCCUGCGAAGAUCCCACGGAGGCCCCGUCGAGAGCGAUGAAGAAUUUGAUUCCAGGUAUGAAGCAUUCUUCAACCGAAAAGACAUUGACGGCUGGGAAAUCCGCAAAGGCAUGAACGACCUCUGCGGCAUGGACUUGGUCCCUGACCCAAAAAUCAUUAAGGCGGCGCUCCACGCCUGCAGACGAGUCAACGACUAUGCGCUCGCCGUCAGGUUCAUCGAGGCCUGCAAAGACAAGUGCGGACCCAAAGUGACCGAAAUCUACCCAUACAUCAUCCAGGAAAUCAAACCCACGCUCACAGAACUCGGCAUUGAGACCCCGGAGGAACUCGGUUAUGACAAACCAGAAUUAGCUUUAGAGAAUGUUUAUGAAAUGUAAGGUCAUCAGUGAGGUGUAGAACAUUUGUAUCAUAGUUUUGUUGUCGAUUUUAUUUUACAUUGUGUGAAGCACAGCCUUUUAGAGUAUUCCUGGUCGACCAUUUGAAAUCUGCUUUUGUCUAAUGUAAUACAUUAGAUUAAAUUA